GGCUUCCGGGUGUGGAAAAUUGGAUGACUUCCGAGCUAUUCGAUUGUCUUGUUUGCGUUGUUAUGUGAUUGUCGGUGGCUUUACCCUUUUCUAGGGGUGCAAUUCCUCUAAUGUGAGGAGCUGGUGUCACUUUAUGCCAUUCUGGUGUUAAUAGAAUAAAUGAUCGAGCUUUGGGGCUUAAAGUUUUGCUAAUCCCAUCAUCCGGUGGAUGAUAGCCGUAGCUUGCCUAAAUGUUGGUGCAGACUAUAUAUAUUUCCGUUUCUUCGAAAGGAGCAUGCUUUACAUGCGAAGUCCUCACGUUACAGAUAAUCCUCUACUUGGGAGCACCUAAUAAAAACCAGUCAAGGUCUUGUGUCAGUUGCAGUAUUUGGGGAUCCAGACAAGCCAGCCCUCGUGACUUAUCCUGAUUUAGCACUAAAUUAUAUGUCUUGUUUCCAAGGACUUUUCUCCUGCCCAGAAGCAUAUUCUCUACUGCUCCACAACUUUUGUAUAUAUCACAUUAGCCCUCCCGGGCACGAGUUAGGAGCUGUCACUAUGAGCCCCGACGAUCCUGUUCCCUCUGUUGAUGACUUGGCAGAUCAGGUUGCUGAGGUUCUCAACUUCUUUGGACUUGGAGCUGUGAUGUGUAUGGGGGUUAUGGCUGGAGCGUACAUCCUAACACUGUUUGCUAUGAAAUACAAGCACCGGGUUAUUGGUCUUAUACUUGUUUCUCCUCUAUGCACAGCACCGUCAUGGACAGAAUGGUUGUUAAAUAAGGUGAUGUCAAAUUUACUCUAUUUCUAUGGCAUGUGUGGAGUGGUCAAAGAAUUACUGCUUAAGAGAUAUUUUAGCAAGGAGUUGCGCGGUUGUGCUCAAGUACCAGAGUCAGACAUAGUUCAAGCCUGCAGAAGGUUGCUGGACGAGAGACAGAGUUCUAACGUUUGGCGUUUUCUUGAGGCAAUUAAUGGGAGGCCAGAUUUAAGUGAAGGGUUAAGAAAAUUGCAAUGUCGCUCCCUUAUCUUUAUUGGUGAGCACUCUCCAUUCCAUUCGGAGGCUGUUCACAUGACUUCAAAGAUGGAUAGAAGAUAUAGCGCGUUAGUAGAGGUUCAGGAAUGUGGGACGAUGGUAACUGAGGAGCAGCCUCAUGCCAUGUUAAUACCAAUCGAGUAUUUUCUCAUGGGAUAUGGCCUGUACAAGGCUUCAAAAGUAAGCGUCAGUCCGAGGAGCCCUUUGAGUCCUUCGUGCAUUUCUCCGGACCUUCUAUCCCUCGAAAGCAUGGGCUUGAAAUUGAAACCAAUCAAAACACGGAUCUCUCUGGAAGUAUGAAAGGAGAUGGGAGUCGAAGCUGCUGUCUUGCUUCUUUUUUUUUUUUUUUUGUGUAAUUUACAUACUUCAAGAGUACCUAUUUUCCUUUGAAUUGGACUGUAAUGGUAUAGGAUCUAGAGUGUAGAUAAAGAGAAAGAAGAGAAAGGAGAGUCAGGAGGCAAAUUUUGCAAGAAAGAAGAAAGGAGAUUCUUUCAUUUGUAAGCAUAACCGAUAGUUGAGGGGGGUUCAGUAUCUGUAAAUCUCUGGAAUAAUCACUUACCUGGAUCUUGGCAAGCAAAUAAAUUGCAAUAACUGGUUCUUCACGA